UUCUUCUCCUUGUCCCUUCAAUGUUCGCAAAACAGUCAUCAAAAUGGCCACUUCCCAAUUCCCUCUCUCUAAAACCCUAAACCUUUCAUCUUCAUUCCUCCAUUCCACCUCCCUCUCACCAUUCUUCCAUCCCCUUCUUCAAACCCUAACCCUAAAAUCCCAUCAAACCCAUAAACCCCUUUCCAUUCGAUCCGGCCCCCCAAAUCCUUCCUUUCUUCCGAUAUCCCGCCAAAUUUCGCAUUUACAGUUCGCAAACUCCCAUCGGAACAUUCGCACGCACGCCGGCCGGAGCAAGAAGAAGGGUGGAGGGCCCUCUCCCGGCAGAAUAGAAGGCAACGCUGAGUUCCGACGGAAGCUGAGGCACAAUGCUCGCCGGAAAAGCCAGAAGCUCGCCGAGUCCCAUUUCUACCGUCGCAAGAAGCCGAACAGCAAUUACGCAGAUAACUUCAGUGAGGAUGAGCUUCAGCAGAUCGGCCUCGGCUAUGAUCGGAUGGUUCGAUUCAUGGAGAAAGACGACCCGAAUUUACGCCAUCCCUACGACUGGUACAAGUACGGCGAGUUCGGCCCGUACUCGUGGCGUGGAGUCGUCGUCGGCGAGCCUAUUCGUGGGCGGUUCACGGAUGAGCGAGUUACGAUAAUCAGCGAGGUUAAAGAUCAUGAGGAGUGGGAGAAGAUAGAGCAAUCAGAAAUGGCUUCUGAUUUCAGCCAGGGAUUGCUGCGGAUGGAUAAGAGCAAAGGGUUCCGGUACUUUUGGGUGUUCGUGAGGCACCCACGGUGGAGGAUUUCAGAGCUGCCAUGGCAGCAGUGGACUUUGAUUGCAGAGGUCGUGCUUGAAGCUGGUAAAGAAAGGUUAGAUAAAUGGAGCUUGAUGGGUAGACUUGGAAAUAAAUCAAGAAAGAAUAUAACUCAAUGUGCAGCUUGGAUGAGACCUGAUAUCAUAUAUGUGAAAAAGCCUGUUUACCAAUGCCGAUUUGAGCCUCAGGAUGAGUUUUUCCAAGCAAUAAUGCCAUUUCUUGAUCCCAAAACAGAGCAAGAUUUUCUGUUUGAGUUGCAGGAUGAUGAAGGAGGAGAUGUUGAAUGGGUGACUUAUUUUGCUGGGUUGUGUAAGAUUGUGAGGGUAAAUCCAAAAGCAUUUGUGGAUGAUGUGGUGAAUGCUUAUGAGAAGCUGAGUGAUGAGAAGAAAUCCAAGUGUUUGGAGUUUCUUUUGACUAACCACCCUGUUCCAUUGCUGCAUCCAUAUACAAAAGAAUGGAAGGCUAAGUUGGAAGAGGAGGAGUUGGGGUGUGAUGCACCAGACGACAUCGAGAAACGAUGCGGUGACGAAAAUGUGAUCACCGAGUGGAUUGAGACUGAUGAUGACAAUGGAGAAGACUAUGAGGAGGAUCAGCCUGAGGAGAAUGUCGUAAUGGAGACCGAGGACGAGGAUGAGGACGAGGACGAGGACGAUAAACGAGAGGAUGGAAAUCAGGAAGAAGAAGAAGAUGAGGGUUAUUGGGAUGAGAGGUUCAGGAAAGCAAUAAGUAGUCCAGAAGAACUGGAGAAGCUGUUUAAACACAGUGCAGAAGUGGCUGAUGAAUUCUAUGAGAAGGAGAAAGAGAGUGUGGGAAGUAGAAGGGCUACAGCCAUGGAAGAUGGGGAUGAAACAGAAUUGAGAGGGAAGAGAGCAAAAGUGAAAGCAGAAGAAUGGGAGUAUAUUGGGUAUGGGCCAUGGAGGAAGAAGAUAAAGAAAAGUAAAAUUCCUCCAGAGCUGUUUUUGAGAUCUACAGUAAGGCCUUUCACUUACAGGAACCUUGUGAAGGAAAUUGUUUUGACAAGGCAUGCUAUUUUGGAUGGUGAAAUUGGGGGAUGCCGUCGUUGAAGUGCUCCUCCAUGACGUGCCACAUCCCAGGUUUCGGUUUCCUAAACGGGUCUUCUUCGGAUUUACCUGAUCCGCUUCCUAUUCCACAAGCAACAAACACCUGCAUCCAGAUUCCACACAACA